GACCACGCCCCUUAUUCCGCCUGACAUUAUAAAUCCCGCGGAUGCCCCGCCCCUUGUUAGUCUAAGCGAGAUGUGGAGUGCAGUGGACUACUGCGUCUAAUAUCCAAAGAUCCGGUGGACCGAGGCGAAUGGACGUAUUUCUCCCAUCAUUCACGCACAGAUUUCUUCAUUAUUUUGCGCAUCGAUAGCAUUCAAAAUGCCUUUUCCGCCGAUAAACCUGCACUCACGGAUAUCAUCGCCAAGAAAGGAGCUGUUCAGGAGAAAGAAGAGCAGGGACAAUGUCGCACCUCCUCAACCCACGUACAGUCAAAGGACAGGAGACGACAAGGAAUCGGAGAAAGAUAAAAUAUCCACAUCGUGGCCGUCGGCCAAUUUAAAGCUUGGACGAAGUAAGCCGAGCAGAGUCCCUCCAGAUCCCGAGACGGACAGCAAACAUUCAUGGUUGAGCGUCCCCAAACCCUUGGCUACCUCAUGCGAAAGCGUCCCACGGUCCAGUUCUGGAGAGUCCAGCCAUAAAUACGCCUCCAGGACCUCUAUAGCAAAAGAAGGCGGCGAGCAAGAGAUCCACUUCUCCCUCAGCCUGACCCCUGAAGCCAUCCUAGUCAUCCAAAAGCGCAAUCUGGAAAAGCAAAUGAUGGCCAAGCAACAGAAGUGCUGCGCUUCCGCGGACUUGAGACACCGGCGCGUUUUCCCAUCCAAGAGAGCUCAGGGCAGCUCUAAUAAUAAGAGCUCCGGACCUGUUGCCAAACUGGACGCUUCCAAUGACAUAAGCACCAUUGUGAAGAUCUCUCUCCUCAAUGAUCAGUACAAAUACGAUGAUGUUGAGUAUGAGGAGGAGGAUGGAGACGUGGACGAGACUGUCAUGAGGAAAUGUAAAGAGUGGCUCAAAGGUGUGGAAAGCGCUGCUGCUUUUGGGAAAGUUGAUAAACUGUCAUCUUUGCCUCAUCUUAAAAGUUGAUGACCUCAAAAUUCCACAAAAGAAAGGUCCACUGUGAAGACUUCAGUCCACGAGUUAUGUGUCAAACUCAAAAGUCACCUAAUUUGCUUUUAGAAAUAAUGUUGUCUGAGGGUCAUUCACACAGGACGCGUUCUUGCGUUGAAAAACAGCGGGACAGAGCGCAA